UAACAGAUUGAAAAAAAAGUUGAUUGGUGAAUUAGCAUAAAUGGUAACAAAUAUUGAAGAAUUACCACAUAUCAUUUAUUCCUCUCUAAGCUUAAUUUGCUCACUCAUUUCCAUUUAUACUUACCAUACAAGAACUGAGGAGUGAGAAAACCAGCCAUACUCCAACCCAUCAAUUAUUCGAGUCUAUUAAUAAUAUAGAUUUGUAAUUUUUCUCAAAGAAGUAAGAAAUUCAAACACAAAUUUUUGAAAAACUUUGGAUCCUCUCUUUUCAUUGAUCCAUUGAUAUUUUUUUUAACUAUUAUUUUGAACGAGCCACAAGGACAUUUCAUUGAUUCAUUGUUUUUCUUUCAAACGAGUCACAAGGAAAUUUCGUUGAUUUAACAAUGAUGUUAAAGUUUUGUCUGUUCAUCUUCUUUACUAGUCUCGGUCUCACGUAUAAUCUCAGUUAUGGGUACGACCCGCUUGAUGUGAGAGGGAAUGUAACAAUUCAAUGGGAUAUUACGGAUGUGAAUCCUGACACGUACAAUGCAGACGUAACAAUAUAUAAUUAUCAACAAUAUCGACACAUUGAGUGGCCUCCAGGUUGGAGAUUAAGCUGGGAAUGGCAGAACCAUGAAGUUAUAUGGAAUAUGCAAGGUGCAGAAGCAAAGGAGCAAGGAAUAUGUAACAAAUCAUUAGGAGCAUCACCUCCUCAUUGUUGCUUGAAGCAACCUGUAAUCAUUGACCUUCAACCUGGAAGUAAGCUUAAUAAACAAGCAGCUAAUUGCUGCAAAGGAGGGGUGUUAACUUCAAUGGCUCAAGAUCCUACCAUGUAUGCUUCACAUUUUCAGAUGACUGUGGGGCUUGCUUCCACUUCCAGUGACACCUCUCAACUUAAUAUGCCAAACAAUUUCAAGUUUGGUACUCCAGGUUAUACAUGUGGUGAUUCUCAGCAGGUUUUUCCUCCUACUAAGUUCCCCGAGGAUGAUGGACGCCGAUGGAGGCAAGCACUUAGUACAUACAGGGUCAUCUGUACUUAUUCUCAAUUUAAAGCAGCACCUGCCCCUUCUUGUUGUGUUUCUCUAUCUGCAUUUUAUAGCUCCGCUAUAUCAUUCUGUCCCAACUGUAGCUGCGGCUGUCAACAACAACCUGGCUUAUUAUGCAUCAAGAAAGGGCAAAUACCUCCAAUAUUGGCGAAAUCAAAGGACCCAGAUUAUGUAGCGCCUCCUCUGGUGAAUUGCACUAGUCAUAUGUGUCCAAUUCAUGUACAUUGGCAUGUCAAGGAGAGCUAUAAAGAUUAUUGGAGGGUCAAAAUUACGAUCAUGAAUCUUAAUGUACGUAAGAAUUACACCACAUGGAACUUGGCCGUUGAGCAUCAGAACCUCGCUCAUCUGUUGCAGGUUUUCAGCUUUAAUUACAUGCCCCUUACUCAGGAUCGCCCAACCAAUGAUACUGGACUGUUCUGGGGGAUACAACACUACAAUGAUGUGUUGCUGCAAUCAGGACUAAGCGGGAAUGUGCAGAGUGAGCUGCUACUGAGGAAAGUACCUGGGACUUUUACCUUUGAUGCUGGUUGGGCAUUCCCCAAGAGAAUUUAUUUCAACGGAGAAAACUGUGUAAUGCCUCUCCCUGUCGAUUUUCCCAGACUGCCUAAAGAGACUAGUCGCCAUGUCAGGCAAUAGAUCGCUCUAACAAAUGCACCCAUAUGUCAAUCACAUUGUUUCUUGGUAUGACAAACUUGUGUUCUUGCUAGAUAAGUAUGUAUCUCAGGUGUAUAUGCUCAAUUUUGCACUUCAACUGAACUGGAUCAUGUUUCGAGACCUUAUUUUUGGGAUGGACUUGUUUUGUAACUUUGCCAACCCUGGCUAGCUUUGUUAUGCAGAUUUCCAAGUAUGAACAACUUCCAAAACGUACAACACUUAUAUGACAAAAAGAAACUUCAUACAUGUAUACAGCAGAAACAAGCAUGAACACCACCCAAACGGCGAACAUCUAUUGGUAUCUCACUUCAUAGUCCAUACAUGUAGAACAAGAGGAGAAUAGGAAUACAUUAGCAUUACAGUUUAUGCUGUUCUUUUUCACAGAUUUAUGUGUUUCCUUACGUUCUUUUUAACAAUGGAAACUGCAUCUGUUGCUAGCCAUUGCCGAAAAGUUAUUAAUAAAGAUAUCUUAAAUAUGGAUUUUGAAUGA